UAGCUGCCCAGCUGAGAGAAAAAGAGUGAGCAGGAGAAUCGAGUAGGAGGUAGUUGGUCGCGCAAUAGGGGUCCGACCCACACUCCAAACACACAAGCUCAUUUAUUAUUAUUUGUAGAUAUUUUUAUAAGUACAUUGUUGCUCUUUGUUCGCUCGAGCGCGCGUGCCACACGUAUGUUUACGUGUCCGAGCCAAGUGGAGCAUCGUCGUCGUGCAGAGCCAAAUUUUGAGAGAGCUACUAGAACUUUACACCUUUUUUUACCAAUUCUCUUCUGUAAAUAUUUGAGUUAGCUGCACAUCAACCUAGAAUGAGCUCCGUACGCUGUUGUUUAAUCGGCGUCAGCCGAUUAGCGUCCUCUAAUCAUGUGUCUAAUCAUGUGCAUAAAAUAAUCAGAGUAGUGGCUUCUCGGACCCUAACAACUACUGGAAUUUUGGCAAAAGCUCCAACAGAGCCAAUACCACCUUCCCAUGAUGGAUCUGGAGUCAACACCACUGCAGGUGGGACAACAAGUGGUGGUGGAGAUAAGAAAAAUAAUCUUAUUUGUCCAAAGUGUGGUGAUCCAUGUACGCAUGUUGAAACAUUCGUCUCUUCAACCAGGUUCGUGAAAUGUGAAAAAUGUCAUCACUUCUUUGUUGUCCUAUCUGAGAUUGAUUCCAAAAGAAGUCUCAAGGAAGCACUAAGACCGGAAGAUCCUAAGCAAGGAUUCUACCGGAAACCACCUCCUCCUCCUAAAAAAAUUUAUGAGUAUUUGAAUAAGCACGUAGUUGGACAAGAAUAUGCAAAGAAAGUCCUUAGUGUUGCUGUAUACAAUCACUAUAAGAGAAUCUACAACAACCUUCCACUUCAAAAUCCUGUGCAAAACAAUGCAACUCCAGCUGCAAAUCAAGAGCUCAAUCACCCAUUUACUCACAGAGGUCUCAAACCACAUCUUUUACAUAUUUCAAGUAUUGGCAAUUCCCUGGGUGUAGGCUUUCAACAUGUUCCUCCAGCGAAUGAACAGCAACAGCAACAAAAACCACCAGCAAACUCGCAAUCGGUGCCGGGCUCGGAUAUUCUGGAUAGUAAACAUCAUCAAUUGAAAUUAGAAAAGAGUAAUAUCCUUCUGUUGGGACCCACUGGCUCAGGAAAAACGCUGUUAGCUCAAACCAUAGCUCAAUGUCUCGACGUCCCGUUCGCCAUCUGUGAUUGUACCACACUCACGCAAGCCGGUUACGUUGGCGAGGACAUCGAGAGUGUGAUAGCAAAGCUACUUCAAGAUGCCAAUUACGUCGUCGACAGAGCGCAAAUGGGAAUUGUAUUCCUCGACGAGGUCGACAAAAUCGGAGCUGUACCGGGAAUUCACCAGCUUCGAGACGUCGGUGGUGAAGGUGUACAACAGGGAAUGUUGAAAAUGCUUGAAGGCACUAUAGUCAACGUACCCGAGAGAAAUAGCUCGAGGAAGUUGCGAGGUGAUACUCUGCAAGUGGACACAACAAAUAUCUUAUUCGUGGCAUCGGGCGCAUACAACGGUUUAGACCGAUUAGUGUCGAGGAGAAAAAACGAAAAGUAUCUCGGUUUCGGUGCUACCCCCGCUUCUGAAAGUCCAGGUCGAAGAGCUGCCAGUCUCGCUGAUGUUGCAAACAUGUCACCUUCGGCAGAAGACGACAAUAAAGAGAAAGACAGGCUACUACGGCAAGUUGAAGCGAGAGAUCUUAUAGAUUUUGGUAUGAUUCCUGAGUUCGUCGGUAGAUUCCCCGUACUCGUACCCUUCCAUACUCUUGACAAGGAGAUGCUCGUGAGGAUUCUUACUGAGCCUAAAAAUGCCAUGGUUCCCCAGUAUCAAAUGCUGUUCUCCAUGGACAAAGUCGAGCUUACAUUUACACCAGACGCAUUAAACGCCAUAGCAUCGUUGGCAAUGGAGCGAAAAACUGGGGCGCGAGGUUUGCGAGCGAUAAUGGAAUCUCUGUUACUGGAUCCAAUGUUCGACGUGCCAGGUAGCGAUGUAAUAACGGUUCACGUGACCGAAGGCUGUGUUCGUGGUGUGGAUAAACCGGAGUACGUGCGUCGAGAAACUACCUCCUCCACGGAAGAAGAGCUUCAGCAAGCGCAACAAGUAAACAAUUAACAAAAAAUUAAGCGCAGGGAAACGCCUGCUCGCUGCUGAUCGCAUCGACUUCUAAUUCUUAUUUUUCCUUGGCAAUAUUUCAUUGACUCACCUGAGAGAAUGCAUGACUGUGUGUCGUCUACGCGUGUAUCUGUGUAUGGUGCUCGAGCUUUUCUUCGUUUUCUUCUUCUUCUUUUCGGAAACGAAAUAGUAUAUACAAUUGGAAUGUUACGAAUACAUAAAUUGUAUUCCGAAGUUCCCUAUCAAUUUCGAAAAAUUGAAAGUAGACCGAAUUGUAUCAUUACGAUAUAAAAAAGAAUAUAUUUGAUCAAUGUUGUUUUAUGAGUAUAUACAGAGAUUCAUCGUAAUCUGACUUAACAUUACAAAUGGAGAGUAUAAAUUAUUUUUAUGCGACUCUCCCUCAUAGAUAGAUGAAGAUUAUUUGUAAUAUAUUGUAUAUAGUGAUAGAUAAGUAUAUAACGAAUUAACGGCAACGUUACAUUCAAAAAUACUUGGAAAAAAUAAGUAAAAUUAAAAAGUUCAUGCUAAUGCUGAUUUCGCGAAGGCACGAUGCAUAUAAAAGUUACAAAGAUACUAUGCGAGUAUACUAUAUAUGCAUAAUGAUCCAAAAUUCAAUUCUGUAGUAAAUUCACAUUCAGCAUUUUUUUUAACAUUUACAUAUGGUUCGAAAAUAUACGUUUGGCUUUCAAAUCCUGUUUUUAAGAUUGAAAAUCUUUUAAAAUACAAUAGCUGAUUUACAUUGUAUAAAUAAAUACUUAUAUUUAUAAUAAAUGUUUAAAAAAAUUUAUUUAUGUUUUUGUCCUUUAAUUUUUUGUUGAAAAAUAUCAACAACUUAGUUCACUCUUGAACUUGUGGAUAAAUAUGUAAAUCUUAUUUUUGCG